AUGAUAGUUUUGGUUCUUAAGUUUGCCAUACCUCUGGUGGUAUCAUCAUUGCCAAUCCUCAUCACCUGCAUUUGCUUCUGGACAAGAAGGAAGCCGGCAAAAAAUUUACUCUUAGACGAGGCCAAGCCAGAGGAGAUCACACAUGCACAGUCACUAUUACUUGAUCUAUCUAUGAUUAGAGCUGCGACAGCUAACUUCUCUGAAGAAAAUGAGCUUGGAGUAGGUGGUUUUGGUGCAGUUUACAAGGGAACACUACCCUACGGGCAAGAAUUAGCAGCAAAGAGGUUAUCAACAACUUCGACGCAAGGACUAGCAGAGCUAAACAAUGAACUCGUUUUAAUUGCUAAGCUCCGGCACAAAAAUCUUGUAAGGCUUCUGGGUGUUUGCUUGGAAAAAGAAGAGAAGUUGCUUGUCUAUGAAUAUGUGCCUAACAGAAGCCUGGAUACCAUUCUUUUUGAUCCUAUAAAACGUGAACAGCUACAUUGGGAGAAAAGGUACAGGAUCAUCUGUGGAAUUGCUAAAGGGCUGCAAUACCUACAUGAAGAUUCUCAGCUAAAAAUUAUACAUCGGGAUUUAAAAGCUGGCAACAUUUUAUUAGAUGCAGACAUGAACCCUAAGAUUUCUGAUUUUGGUUUGGCUAGGCUUUUUGGUGGAGACCAAAGUCAGAGAAUCACAACUCGAGUUGUCGGAAUAUUUGGAUAUAUGGCACCAGAGUAUGUGAUGUAUGGGCAGUCUUCAAUCAAGUCAGACGUAUACAGCUAUGGUGUCCUGGUUUUAGAGAUUAUAACAGGCAGGAAGAACAGUAGCUUCACAGAUUCAGGAAGUGGCAAAUAUCUUCUGACAUAUAUGUGGGAGCAAUGGAACAAAGGAACAGUUUUGGAGAUGCUGGACCCAUGUUUAGGCAACCAUUACCCCACAAUUGAAGUGCUAAGAUGCAUUCAGAUCGGACUAUUGUGUGUUCAGGAGAAUCCUUCUGAUAGACCCAACAUGCCAACGGUUGUUAUGAUGCUCAACAGCAAUCCCGUUUCAAUCCAAGCUCCUUCCAAACCAGCAUUUUAUAUUGGACAGAGUGUCAUGGGUUCACAUGCUCAUUUAAAAGAUAAGUUGACACCGAUGUCACUAAAUGAGAUGUCAAUUACAGAAAUUGAGCCUAGAUAA